UUAAAAAAAUGGGGUGCAAAAAUCAUUUUUCGCAAAUUAUACAUAUGUUUUGAUCAUUCAUCGAACUUCCCAAAAAACCUCCCCAAUAAAUUAUCUGAAACUUCACUCCUCGAGAUUCUGUGUAAUAAGACCUGGUCCGAAUUUAGGGUUUUUCCACGGACUCCAUCAGCUCCUCCCUUCUCCACCCGCCAUCGGGGAACACACCCAGAAGUCCAAUCGAAUCCAAAUCGACGCCGCCGGAAGAAAGCUUCGAUCCUUUCCGCACAAUAGUUUAAUCCAAGGUUUUGAGAGAUUAUCUGAUAAAUUUUAGGUGAAGGAUGGGGGCAUUGAUGUCCAAGUUCUGGUUCAUGUUGUUUCCUGCAAAGGAGUACAAGAUUUGUGUUGUUGGAUUGGACAACGCCGGUAAGACGACGACGCUUUACAAAUUGCACUUGGGGGAGGUUGUCACUACGCACCCUACGGUUGGGAGCAACGUAGAGGAGCUUGUUUACAAGAAUAUACGAUUCGAGGUCUGGGAUCUUGGUGGACAAGACAGACUUAGGACAUCAUGGGCGACAUACUAUCGUGGUACUCACGCUGUCAUUGUAGUAAUUGACAGCACAGAUAGAGCCAGAAUCGGCAUUAUGAAGGAUGAACUGUUCCGGCUUCUCCCACACGAGGAUCUUCAAAAUUCUGUUGUACUUAUUUUCGCAAACAAACAAGACAUCAAGGACGCGAUGACUCCCGCUGAGAUAACCGAUGCCCUUUCCCUUCAUAGCAUCAAGAACCAAGAUUGGCACAUUCAAGCUUGCUGUGCCCUCACCGGAGAGGGGCUUUACGAUGGUUUGGGGUGGAUCGCUCAGCGAGUCACUGGAAAAACACCGAGCUAGAUAUGGAAACAUAAAAAUGUAUCUGUGUUUUGUGGAUUUGAAGAAUUGAAGAUUGAUGCGUCUUCCGUGUACCAUUUAAUCGUGUAUACAUUGGGAGGAUCUUGAUUCGUGUACAUUGCAUGUCAAGCGAUUUGGCAAUUGAGUUUUUAUUUUCGGGA